CCGACAAGCUUCCUUAGCAACGCCGUCUCGUAACAUAAAGCCGUUCUCAAAGAGUCACCUGCUAUCAAAAAUAACAAUUAUAACUUUUGCACAACUCUUUCGUUGGUUUUGUAAACGUAGCUAAUUACUAAUGCAAAACCCUUUAUAUUGCAGUAGACAAAGCGAAAUAGCCUGAGUUGACCACUUCGUCGCUUCACUCAAUUUGGAAUUCCAAGGACUAGCUAGAUUUUUAACUCUCAAUGUAAUAAACGUUAGCGCUUUGAAAAAUAACAUGGAACGGUUACACAGUAGCUAGCUCAACGGAAAUUGCUGUCCAUGGUUGAAGUCUAGGUACAUCAUGGAUGCACAGGAUACUUUGGUCAACAAGAGGUUCCCUAAAUUGCCCCAAACAAUUGUGCGUCGGCUACCACAACUUCCACAGGUUCGCACCAAACCCCUAUGGCUGGACACAGCCCCUUCUUUUCAACUAAGGACCCCACUAAUUGAGAGGGACUAUGGGUCUGUGGCCUCAGGUGGACUUUCUAGGGACGGCGAGGCCAGUGUGCUGUCUGGGAGCCAGAGCCACUGGCCGGAGAGCUCCAGGGCCCGUGAGGGUGGCCCUUCCGCCGGACCCUCCAGGGCCCAAGGCAGCGGGCAGGCCCAGCCCAAAACAGGCCGGGAGCUGUUCCGCAGCAGACUGGUCAGCGUCAUCAUGCACCAGGAACCUGAUGCAGAUUCACUUCCCCUGGAGGAUGCUAAAGCUUCUUCAGAGAAGGAUAUCUUGAGAUAUAACUAUUACAUUAACAAUGGCAUUGACACAAAGCAUGUGGCCACUAUGGAGGACUCCUGGCUGGAGAACGUCAUGAGCCUGGUCCCCACUCCUCUGAAGAAGCUGACAGACACCAUCGAGGCGCUAUCCAAUGAGAUGAGGGAGGACUACCUUCUGAGUGUCAAGAAAGCCAUAGUGGAUUUUGUACUGAGGGACCCCAGAGAAAAGGAUGAGAAGGUGAAAGACCUGCCCCCACAUCGAGCCGAAAUGCAGGUAGUUCCGAAGCCGUGGAGGAAGUCUUUCCUGUAUGCUCAGAGCAUGAUGCGUGAUAAACUCCACGCCAUCAACCCCACCAUGCUGUCUGUGCUGGGCCUGUGGCAGGUGUCUUACAAGAGACUGCGUCUGAUCGAUGUGGAGGAGUUCCGCAACCUGCAGGAGUCCAUGGAGCUCUCCUUUUUUGAGCAAACGAUCAGGAAGCAGAUAAUUUCCACCCGGGAGACUCUCCUCAAAAAAUGGUUUCUGGAUGUUCAGCAGAUCUACUAUGUGGGAAACAAGCGCAAACUUGUCCCCAGCAUCCACACGCCCUGCAAACUGCAGUCAUUCUUCAACUGUGCUGCCACUCUGAUGACCCAGCACCUGCAGAGCCUGGCUCUCGAGUCCAUCAGUGACUAUACUCAUCUGAUCAUUAAGGAACCGGGUGCCGUGCGAGUGUACGAACAUUCUGGCUUUGUCCUGAAGCUGAUCCUGGAGGAGACGGUCAUCAAGCUGCACCCCGAUUUCAAAGACUUCGAGGAGGUCAUGCUGAAAACCUACGAGCUCAUGCUGGACGCCAUCCGUGUGGUGCCACGCGUGGAGUCAACGCUCUAUACCGAAUGGCCCGGGAGCCAGACCCCCGGCACGCUGAAGCCCGUGGUGCUGCCGGAGAUCCUGGAGGCGCGGCAGGAGGAGACCCGGCAGAUGAUCCGGGCCGAGAGCGCCCUGCCCAUGCAGCACGUCCGCCUCUACGACAAGUACGCCGCGCUGGUGAGCCGGCAGGCCGAGGAGGACGUAGAGCAGUUCCUGCGCGAGAGGCACUCCUUCCACGACACCAUGAUGGAGGUCACGCGCUACCAGAAGCUCGCCGACGACAUCCAGUACAACUCCGCCAAGGUGCUGCGUCUGGGCAUGUUCGAGGUGCACUCCGCAGAGCUCAUCACCGCGCUGGUGAGGCGCGCCGAGGGGCUCUGCCAAAAACUCGUGGCUCGGAUGCUGGAGGACCACCAGAUCAUCAACCACCAGUUGUGCGAGGAGUUUGAGAAGAUCGCAGUGAAAGCCUUGGGCACCCCUCCGAACACAAAGGAGCUGAUGGAGCUGGUGGAGUACGUGGAGAAGGUGGAGACCCAGGAGAUGCCUGCGCUGGAGAAGACCCUGCUGGAGUCCAAAACGCGGCUCUGCUUCCUGGUGGACUACACCAGCCUCUCGCCCGACGACAUGCGGCUCAACCGGGACACCUUCCAGUGGCACAGUCGCAUGCCCAGCAUCUUCGCCGACCACCGCGAGAUGGUCCGCGAGAAGACCGAGCAGUACCAGAACGGCCUCAAGCUGCGGUGCGAGAGGUUCGUGGAGGAGCUGGAGAGCUACAGUCGGCAGGUGGAGGAGUUUGUCUCCUUUGGGGACCUGGCAGACCUGAACAAGUACCUGAAGAAAGCCCAAGCCCUCAACUCCAAACUAGAGACUGCCAUGGACAAGGUAGAGGGAUUUAACAUGGAGGAAGAUGCCUACUGCUGGCCAGUGUCCCAGUACCCUCAGCGCAAGGAGACCCAGGACCGGCUGGGGCCCUACCUGCGCCUGUACGAGACGGCCUCCGACUUCCAGGCCCACCACAAGGCAUGGCUGGAGGGGCCCCUGGGCACCGUCAACCCAGACAAGGUGGAGUCGGAGGUGGGCAACUACUGGCGGGCCCUGUACAAGCUGGAGAAGACCUUCCAGGACUCGCCGCAGGCCCUGAACAUUGCCAGCCAGAUGAAGGCCGAGGUGGAGGCCUUCAAGGAGCGCAUCCCGCUCAUCCAGGUCCUGUGCAACCCGGGCCUGCGCGACCGCCACUGGGACGCCAUGACGGAGGUGGUGGGCUUCUCGCUCAAGCCUGAGGAUGAGGAGCGGGCCUGCGUGGCCAACUUCCUGCACAUGGGCCUGGAGGCCCACCUGGGCAGCUUCGAGGGCAUCAGCGAAGCGGCCAGCAAGGAGUACUCCCUGGAGAAGGCCAUGGAGAAGAUGGAGACCGAGUGGAGCGGGAUGGAGUUCGGCCUGCUGCCCUACCGCGAGACGGGCACCUCCAUCCUGUCCUCGGUGGAGGAGGUGCAGACGCUGCUGGACGACCACAUCGUGAAGACGCAGACCAUGCGCGGCUCGCCCUUCAUCAAGCCCUUCGAGAACGAGAUACGGGAAUGGGAGGAGAAGCUGCUGCUCUUGCAGGAGAUCCUGGACGAGUGGCUGAAGGUGCAGGCCACCUGGCUGUACCUGGAGCCCAUCUUCAGCUCCCCCGACAUCAUGGCUCAGAUGCCCGAGGAAGGCCGCCGUUUCACCACUGUGGACAAGAACUGGAGGGACACCAUGAAGCAGGUCUCCCUGAACAAACAAGUGCUGGCAGUGGUGGCCAUCGACAAGAUGCUGGAGAAGCUAAAGAAGUCCAACGAGCUCCUGGAGCUGAUUCUGAAGGGCCUGAACGAGUACCUGGAGAAGAAACGCCUUUAUUUCCCACGCUUCUUCUUCCUGUCCAAUGACGAGCUGCUGGAGAUCCUGUCAGAGACAAAGGACCCCACCAGGGUGCAGCCCCACCUGAAGAAGUGCUUCGAGGGCAUCGCCAGCGUGCAGUUCACCGAUGUGCUGGACAUCACCCACAUGAAGAGCAGCGAGGGGGAGGUGGUGAAGCUGGAGGACAUCAUCUCCACCUCCAAGGCCCGCGGGCAGGUGGAGAAGUGGCUGCUGGAACUGGAGUGCGGCAUGCUGAAGUCCCUGCAGAAGGUCAUUGGAGAGGCGAUCCAGGCCUACCCCAAGGACCUGCGUAUCAACUGGGUCCGGGCGUGGCCGGGACAGACGGUGCUGUGCGUCUCGCAGGUGUACUGGACCAAGGACAUUCACGAGGCCAUCUCCAAGGGCCAAAAGGCCCUAGACGCCUACCUGGAGCAGAACAACACGCAGAUCGACGACAUCGUGACGCUGGUGCGGGGGAAGCUGUCCAAGCAGAACCGGGUGACCCUGGGCGCCCUGGUGGUGCUCGACGUCCACGCGCGCGACGUGCUAGCCGUCCUGGUCAAGAAGGGCAUCAGCGACGAGAACGACUUUGAGUGGCUCAGCCAGCUACGCUAUUACUGGAUGGAAGAAACGCUGCAGACCAAGAUGAUUAACGCGGGCCUGCCGUACGGGUACGAGUACCUGGGAAACACCCCGCGCCUGGUUAUCACUCCGCUCACCGACCGCUGCUACAGGACCCUGUUUGGGGCCCUGCAUUUACACCUGGGAGGGGCCCCUGAGGGCCCCGCGGGAACAGGGAAGACCGAGACCACCAAGGACUUGGCCAAGGCCGUUGCCAAGCAGUGCGUCGUCUUCAACUGCUCCGACGGCCUGGACUACAUAGCCCUGGGCAAGUUCUUCAAGGGCCUGCUGUCAUGCGGUGCGUGGGCCUGCUUCGACGAAUUCAACCGAAUCGACCUGGAAGUGCUGUCAGUGGUGGCUCAGCAGAUUCUGACCAUCCAGAGAGGAAUUUCUGCCAAAUCCGAGAUGCUGCUGUUUGAGGGGACAGAGCUGAGGCUGGACCCCACCUGCGCCGUGUUCAUCACCAUGAACCCCGGUUACGCCGGCCGCUCCGAGCUGCCCGACAACCUGAAGGCCCUGUUCCGGACAGUGGCCAUGAUGGUGCCAGACUACGCCAUGAUCGCCGAGAUCGUGCUGUACUCGUGCGGGUUUGUGACGGCGCGCCCGCUCUCUGUGAAGAUCGUGGCCACGUACCGGCUGUGCUCCGAGCAGCUGUCCUCCCAGCACCACUACGACUACGGCAUGAGGGCUGUCAAAUCGGUCCUCACUGCGGCGGGAAACCUGAAGCUCAAGUUUCCUGAUGAAAACGAGGACAUCUUGCUGCUAAGGUCUAUAAUUGAUGUCAACCUGCCCAAGUUCCUGGCACAUGAUCUGCCCCUCUUUGAGGGCAUCACGUCUGACCUGUUCCCUGGAGUGACGCUGCCCAAGCCCGACUACCGGAUCCUUCUGGACGCCAUCCAGGUGAACUGCGUGAAGAUGAACCUGCAGCUGACCGACUUCUUCGCUGAGAAAAUCCUGCAGAUCUUCGAGAUGAUGAUCGUGCGCCACGGGUUCAUGCUGGUGGGGGAGCCCUUUGGCGGGAAGACCUGCGCCUACCGCGUGCUGGCGGCCGCCAUGAACGACAUCUGCGAGCAGGGCUUGAUGGAGGAGAACAAGGUCCAGAUCACGGUCAUCAACCCCAAAUCCAUCACCAUGGGUCAACUGUACGGCCAGUUCGACCCGGUCUCCCACGAGUGGUCUGAUGGAAUCCUGGCCGUCAGCUACAGGGCCUUUGCCACAUCUCAAACUCCAGACAGAAAGUGGCUCAUCUUUGAUGGUCCGGUGGAUGCGGUGUGGAUCGAGAACAUGAACACAGUGCUGGAUGACAACAAGAAGUUGUGCCUGAUGAGUGGCGAGAUCAUACAGAUGUCCCCGCAGAUGAGUCUCAUCUUCGAACCCAUGGACCUGGAGGUGGCCUCGCCAGCUACGGUGUCCCGCUGUGGCAUGAUCUACAUGGAGCCCCACAUGCUUGGCUGGAAGCCUGUCCUGGUGUCCUGGCUCAACACCCUGCCCCCCACCAUUAGCGACAUGCACAAGGAGCUCAUCACUGGCCUCUUCCACAGAAUAGUGCCCACCUGCCUGCAUUUCAUCCGCAAGGGCGCCAAGGAACUCUCACCCACAUCGGACACCAAUCUGGUCCACUCCCUGAUGAACCUCAUGGACUGCCUGAUGGACGAGUUCAAGGAUGAGGCCAAGGUGAAGUCCAUGAACGAGCGGGACAUCUGCUCCUGGCUGGAGGGUAUCUUUGUGUUUUCGCUGGUGUGGUCGGUUGGCGCCAGCUGUGGGGAAGACGGCCGCACUGGGUUCGACGGGGUGGUGCGGGAGCUGCUGAAUGGGCCGCUAAGCAUAGAAACGCGGACGCGCUACACGAUCCUGGAGCACGUGGACCCUCCUGACAAGCCCCUGACCGUGCCCCUGCCUGAGGAGGGCACCCUGUACGAGUACCGCUUCAUCAAGGAGGGCCCAGGAAGGUGGGAGCAGUGGGUCGAGGAGCUGAAGACUGCCCCGCCCAUCGCCAAGGACAUGCAGUUCAACGAGAUCAUCGUGCCGACGGAGAACACGGUGCGCUACUCCGCGCUGAUGAAGCUUCUCAUCACCCACCAGAAGCCCACCGUCUUCAUCGGGCCCACCGGCACCGGCAAGAGCGUCUACAUCAUCAACUUCCUCCUGAACCACCUGGACAAGGACGUGUACAGCCCCCUGCUGAUCAACUUCUCGGCCCAGACCACGGCCCUGCAGACGCAGAACAUCAUCAUGUCCAAGCUGGACAAGCGGCGCAAGGGCGUCUUCGGCCCUCCGCUGGGGAAGAAAACGGUGGUGUUUGUGGAUGAUGUGAACAUGCCAAUGCGGGAGGUGUACGGUGCCCAGCCUCCUGUGGAGCUGCUCAGGCAGUGGCUCGAUCACUCGAACUGGUACGACGUUACAGACUGCAGCAUGAUCAAGCUAGUGGACAUCCAGAUCAUGUGUGCCAUGGGACCGCCCGGUGGUGGAAGAAAUCCUAUCACUCCUCGUUACUUGCGCCACUUCAACACCGUCACCAUUAACGAGUUUGAUGAGAAGACCAUGUACACCAUCUUCUCUAGGAUUCUGGACUGGCAUCUCACCAUACGGUUCUCUUUCCCGCCGGCGUUUGUGAGCCUGACCCGUCAGGUGGUCAACAGCACCAUGGACGUGUACAAGGAGGCCACCAAAAACCUGUUACCCACGCCCGCCAAAUCCCACUACCUGUUCAACCUGCGCGACUUCUCCCGCGUCAUCCAGGGCAUCUGCCUGUCCCGUCCCGAGACGGCCAGCCAGCCCACCGACAUCAAGCGCCUCUGGGUGCACGAGGUGCAGCGGGUCUACUACGACCGGCUGGUGGACAACGCGGACCGGGCCUGGCUCGUGGGCCACCUGCAGGUGGUGACCCAGAAGCACAUGCAGGAGAACUUCCACCAGCUCUUCCAGCACCUGGACCGGGACGGGGACGGCAAGGUGACGGAGGACGACCUGCGCAGCCUCAUGUUCUGCGACUUCCACGACCCCAAAGGCGAGGACACCAACUACCGCGAGGUGGGCAGCCUGGAACAGCUGCGGCAGGUGGUGGAGGCCCACCUGGAGGAGUUCAACAACGUCAGCAAGAAGCCCAUGAACCUGGUGCUGUUCCGCUUCGCCAUCGAGCACGUCUGCCGCAUCUCGCGCGUGCUGAAGCAGCCCCGGGGCCACGCCCUGCUGGUGGGGGUGGGGGGCAGCGGGCGGCAGUCCCUCACCCGGCUGGCCGCCCACAUGGCCGAGUCGGAGCUCUUCCAGGUCGAGAUCGCCAAGGGCUACGGCCCCACCGAGUGGCGGGAGGACCUGAAGCUCAUCAUGCGCAAGUCCACCGAGGGCGAGGCCCACGGCGUGUUCCUCUUCACCGACACGCAGAUCAAGCUGGAGUCCUUCCUGGAGGACGUCAGCAACCUGCUGAACACGGGGGAGGUGCCCAACCUGUUUGCCGUGGACGAGAAGGCGGAGAUCUGCGAGCGGAUGCGGGUCCUGGACCGCCAGCGCGAGCGGGACAAGCAGACGGACGGCAGCCCGCUGGCGCUCUUCAACAUGUUCCUGGAGCGCUGCCGGAGCCAGCUGCACGUGGUGCUGGCCAUGAGCCCCAUCGGGGACACCUUCCGCGGCCGCCUGCGCCGCUUCCCCGCCCUCAUCAACUGCUGCACCAUCGACUGGUUCCAGAGCUGGCCAGAUGAUGCCCUGCAGGCAGUGGCCUCCCGCUUCCUGGAGGACAUCGAGAUGGAGGAUGACACGCGCGCUGGGUGCAUCGAAAUGUGCCAGAGCUUCCACACCUCCACCAUCAUUCUGUCGGGCCGGUUCCUGUCCGAGCUGCAGCGCCACAACUACGUCACACCCACCUCCUACCUGGAGCUCAUCUCCACCUUCAAAACCCUGCUGGAGAAGAAGAGAACGGAGGUGAUGAAGCUGAAGCGGCGCUACGAGGUGGGUCUGGAGAAGCUGCAGUCGGCUGCGGACCAGGUGGCCACCAUGCAGGUGGAGCUGGAGGCCCUGCAGCCGCAGCUGAAGGUGGCCAGCAAGGAGGUGGACGAGAUGAUGGUGGUGAUCGAGAAGGAGUCCGUGGAGGUGGCCAAGACCGAGAAGGUGGUGAAGGUAGAUGAGGCGGUGGCCAACGAGCAGGCCAUGGCGGCCAAGGCCAUCAAAGACGAGUGUGACGCUGACCUGGCCAUCGCCAUGCCCAUCCUGGAGUCUGCCCUGGCUGCACUGGACACCCUGACCACACAGGACAUCACGGUGGUCAAGUCCAUGAAGAGCCCUCCAGGGGCGGUGAAGAUCGUGAUGGAGGCCAUCUGCAUCCUGAAAGGCAUCAAGGCCGACCGCAUCCCUGACCCCUCAGGCUCCGGCAAGAAGGUGGAGGACUACUGGGGCCCGGCCAAGAAGCUGCUGGGAGACAUGCGCUUCCUGCAGAGCCUGCACGACUACGACAAGGACAACAUCCCGCCCAGCUACAUGGCCGUCAUCCGCAACAAGUACAUCACCAACCCAGACUUCGUCCCGGAGAAGAUCCGGACCGCCUCCAACGCCGCAGAGGGCCUCUGCAAAUGGGUGCGGGCCAUGGAGUCCUAUGACAAAGUGGCCAAGGUGGUGGCCCCUAAAAAGGAGAAACUGGCCCAGGCAGAGGGGGAGCUGAGUGUGGCCAUGGAGAGCCUUCAGAAGAAACAGGCUGCCCUCAAGGAAGUCCAGGACAAACUGGCCAAGCUGGAGGAGACCCUGGAAGCCAACAAGAACAAGAAAGCUGACCUUGAGAACCAGGUGGAUCUGUGCAGUAAGAAGCUGGAGAGGGCGGAGCAGCUGAUCGGGGGGCUGGGAGGGGAGAAGACGCGCUGGAGCGAGACGGCGCUCAACCUGGGCGAGCUCUACACCAACCUGACCGGAGACAUCCUCAUCUCAUCCGCCAUCGUAGCCUACCUGGGGGCCUUCACCUCCAGCUACAGACAGAGCCAGACGGAGGAGUGGAUCGAGCUGUGUAAGACUCGGCAGAUCCCCUGCUCCGCCAACAUGUCCCUCAUGGGCUCGCUGGGGGAGCCGGUGAAAAUCCGCGCCUGGACCAUCGCUGGCCUGCCGUCCGACAGCUUCUCCAUCGACAACGGCAUCAUCAUCUCGAACGCUAGGAGGUGGCCUCUCAUGAUCGACCCCCAGGGCCAGGCCAACAAGUGGGUGAAGAACAUGGAGAAGGCCAACAGCCUGCACAUCAUCAAGCUGAGUGACGCCGACUUUGUGCGCACGCUGGAGAACUGCAUCCAGUUCGGCACUCCCGUGCUGCUGGAGAACAUCGGCGAGGAGCUGGACCCCAUCCUGGAGCCUCUGCUGCUCAAGCAGACUUUCAAGCAAGGGGGCAGCAUCUGCAUCCGGCUGGGUGACUCCACCAUCGAGUACGCGCCCGACUUCCGCUUCUACAUCACCACCAAGCUCCGAAACCCGCACUACCUGCCCGAGACCUCCGUCAAGGUGACCUUGCUGAACUUCAUGAUCACUCCAGAGGGCAUGCAGGACCAGCUGCUGGGCAUCGUGGUGGCCCGGGAGAGGCCUGAUCUGGAGGAGGAGAAACAGGCGCUCAUCUUACAGGGGGCGGAGAACAAGAGGCAGCUGAAGGAGAUUGAGGAUAAAAUCUUGGAGGUGCUGUCCUCUUCGGAGGGCAACAUCCUGGAAGACGAGACAGCUGUGCAGGUGCUGUCCUCCUCCAAGGUCCUGGCCAAUGAGAUCACAGAGAAGCAGGCCAUCGCCGAGGUGACGGAGGUGAAGAUUGACGAGACGCGUAUGGGCUACACCCCCAUCGCUGUGCACUCCUCCAUCCUCUUCUUCUCCAUCGCCGACCUGGCCAACAUCGAGCCCAUGUACCAGUACUCCCUCACCUGGUUUAUCAACCUCUUCAUCAUGUCUAUCGACAAUUCGGACAAGAGCGACAACUUGGACGAGAGACUGAAGAUCCUGAGGGACCACUUCACCUACUCGCUGUACGUCAACGUGUGCCGCUCGCUCUUUGAGAAGGACAAGCUGCUCUUCUCCUUCUGCCUGAACGUCAACCUCCUGAAACACGAGAACCUGGUGGAUGAGAACCAAUGGCGGUUCCUGCUCACCGGAGGCGUGGGUCUGGAUAACCCGUUCUCCAACCCCUGCACCUGGCUGCCCAAGAAGUCCUGGGACGAGUACUGCCGUCUGGACGAGAUGGAGGGAUUCAAGGGCCUGAGGAAGGACCUGGCUCAGCACAGAGACGAAUGGAAGCAGGUGUAUGACAGCAUGGAGCCUCACAACGCCACCUUCCCCGGUCAGUGGCAGGACAGCCUGCAACAGUUCCAGAGGAUGCUGGUGAUUCGCUGCCUGCGGCCAGACAAGGUUAUCCCCAUGGUGCAGGAGUUUGUGUCAAACAGCCUGGGGCGGCAGUUCAUCGAGACUCCGCCCUUCAACCUGGGCAAGGCGUUUGCGGACAGCCACUGCUGCGCCCCCCUCAUCUUCAUCCUGUCCCCAGGCUCCGACCCCAUGGCCGCGCUGCUCAAAUUCGCCGACGACCAGGGCUUUGGAGGGAACAAGCUGACCUCCCUGUCCCUGGGUCAGGGCCAGGGGCCCAUCGCAAUGAGCAUGAUCCAGACGGGCGUGAGGGACGGCACCUGGGUCGUGCUGCAGAACUGCCACCUGGCCACCUCCUGGAUGUCCACGCUGGAGAGAGUGUGCGAGGAACUGAACCCAGAGACCACUCACCCAGACUUCCGCCUCUGGCUCACCAGCUACCCCUCGCCCAACUUUCCCGUGGCUGUCCUCCAGAACGGCGUCAAGAUGACCAACGAGGCGCCCAAGGGCCUCCGCGCCAACAUCGGGCGCUCCUUCCUCAUGGACCCCAUCUCCGACCCGGAGUUCUUCAACAGCAGCAACAAGCCGGCGGUGUUUAAGAAGCUGCUGUAUGGCUUGGUGUUCUUCCACGCCCUGACUCAGGAAAGGCGGAAGUUCGGUCCCCUGGGCUGGAACAUCCCCUACGAGUUCAAUGAGACUGACCUGCGCAUUUCUGUACAGCAGUUGCUUAUGUUCCUCAACCAGUACGAGGAAGUGCCUUUCGCAGCCAUCCACUACAUGACAGGCGAGUGUAACUACGGAGGCCGUGUGACGGACGACUGGGACCGCCGCACCCUACGCACCAUCCUCUCUCUCUUCUACACUCCCAAAAUCAUAGAGGACCCCGACUACAAGUUUGACUCCAGUGGCCUGUACUACUCCCCACCUGAAGGAGAGCACAUCAGCUACAUUGAAUACACCAAGAGUCUGCCUCUCAACCCUUCACCUGAAAUAUUUGGCAUGAACGCCAACGCUGACAUCACCAAGGACCAGGCGGAGACCCAGCUGAUGUUCGAUAGCAUCCUGCUCACACAGUCCCGCUCUUCGGGAGGUGACGCCAAGUCCUCGGACGACAUGGUGUUCGAGGUGGCGGCUGACGUGCUGAGCAAGCUGCCCCCGGACUUCGACAUCGAGGCGGCCAUGCGCAAGUUCCCCACCAACUACAACCAGAGCAUGAACACCGUGCUGGUGCAGGAAAUGGGCCGCUUCAACAAGCUGCUGCAGACCAUCCGCGACUCCUGCCUCAACAUCCAGAGGGCCAUCAAGGGUCUGGUGGUAAUGUCAGCAGAGUUGGAGGAGGUGGUGAAUGGCAUCCUGAAAGGUCGGAUUCCUGGCAUGUGGAUGAAGAAGUCCUACCCCAGCCUCAAGCCCCUGGGCGGCUACAUUAGCGACUUCCUGCAAAGACUGAAGUUCCUGCAGGACUGGUACGACGAUGGUACCCCCACCAUCUUCUGGAUGUCGGGCUUCUUCUUCACGCAAGCCUUCCUGACGGGCGGCCAGCAGAACUACGCCCGCAAGCACACCAUCCCCAUCGACCUGCUGGGCUUCGACUUCGAGGUGCUGGAGGACAUAGAGUACCGCCACCCUCCUGAGGACGGCGUUUAUGUCAACGGCCUCUUCCUGGACGGUGCGCGCUGGGACCGGAAGACCAAGCUGCUGGCAGAAUCCUACCCGAAAGUGCUCCACGACACCAUGCCUGUGAUUUGGCUUAAGCCAAUAAAAAGGCAGGAUAUCCCAGAGCGGCUCUGCUACACCUCCCCCAUCUACAAGACCAGCGAACGGCGGGGCACCCUCUCCACCACAGGACACUCCACCAACUUCGUCAUCGCCAUGACUCUAAACUCCAACGUCGCUCCGGAACACUGGAUACGGCGGGGCGUGGCCCUGCUCUGCCAGCUCAACUCUUAGCCCUCAGCGUCUGUCCCAAAUCGUCCCUGUCCUAAAGCUCUCAACACACCUCUCACUUCCCAGAUUAAAGCAUCGCUUCAGCCAGGACCAGCAGUCAUGUCUUUAGGUGGAGGACGUUUGCUUCCUCAAGACGUAGGGAAACCACAGUAGCGAGCAUAAGAAUAAAUCUGCAGCCAGACGCACACAGAUGCACACACACACACACACACACACGUCACACACAUUUUCCAUUCUGAGAGAGACACGAUCUCCCAUCUGAGUGUCAGAUUCACUACAAUUACCAGUCCAGGACACAAAAGGCAACUCUGCAAACUUUAUUUUCCUUUUUUUUCCACGGGUGGGGAAACCAGCACAAACGGACAAUGGGCGAAGACGGCAAAUGCAUUGAACACAUUUAUAUAUCCAGGUUUGUAAACAAUAUCCUAAAAUUAAAAGACAGAACAAACA